AUGCUCACAGAGGAGAAUCCCGAAGCAUUUGCUCCACCGGAGCAGAAAGACGACGAUGACAGCAAGAAGAAGAAGAAGCAUAAAAAGAAGAAGAAAAACAACGAAAACUCGGCACAACCGAACGAACACCCUCACCUUCAGGUAUGCUCUGAACCCUUAGUAGUAGUUACACCGAAUCAAGAAAUCAAAUCAAGUGAAGAAUCUUCAUUGCCUAAGAAAAAGAAGUCGCAUAAGAAGAAAAGCGUGAUCAAUGCUGAAGUAGAACAACCAAAUAGGGAAGAAUCAAAACCCUCAUUAGACCUAGAAAUCGAAAAAAUAGCUGAACCAGUUGGAGUUUCUGUAGAAGGUGCAGAAACUGUAACUGGUAAGAGAAAGCGAAAAAGUAAAAUAGGAAAAUUGGAUGAGGUGGUGGUUGUGGAGAAUGCACUCAAGCAUGAUCAUGAUCAGGAACAAUUGAAUACAGUAGACACAGAAGAGAAGACGGGUAAGAAACACAAGAGGAAGAGGAACAAGAGUGAGUUAGAUGGGUUGCAAUCCAAUGAGCAGAAUAUCGAAUUAGGUGAAACUGCAGUUCGGACAUCUAUAAUCGAUAGAGAAGUACCUCCGGUAGACCCAACAAUCCUAGGGAAUACUCGUCCUGUAAAUUUAUCAGAGCUGGAACAUGAGUACUUGGAUAGAAAAUGGAAUCAGAGGAAAAGAAAGGGGAAUCAGAGGAAAAGAAAGGGUGAACUCAAAAGUAAAGAGGAAGAAAAAGCCGGCAAGACAAUUGAAAUCCAAGUCCAGAGACCUAUUGAUCCUAUAACAGAACCCUCAACAGACCCAGCAAUUAUAAUAAACCCUCACCCUGCAACCCCAAUAGAUGCAGCACAGAAGAUUGCAAAGAAACGUAAGAAGAAGAAAAGGAAGUGUGAAAGCUACGAAAGUGAUGGUGGAGAAAAAAAUGAAGAACACAAUGGCAAGCUGUGUGAAAGUGAAGCUCCAGCUCAGAAAUCGAUAAUCUCUACAACAGUGCCGUCGGGUGUUCCCAUAGACCAAGUGAUCUCAAUAGACCCUGCUUGCCCAACAGCUGCACCCCCAGUAGACGCAGCAAUUCCAGAACAGAAGACCUCAAAGAAAAAGAGGAAAAUGAAAGGUGGCCUCAAAAGUAAAGCAUUAGAAUCUGAUAUAUGCAAUGCUGGUUCAACUGCUGAAACCUCAGUUCAGGGAACUAAAAGAGUCAAAGUCACUAAUGCUCCCUAUUAUCAACAUGGUAUAAGUUCUAUGAUAUGUUGGGCAUGCCGGGAAACCGAUCACACAAUUCAACAAUGCCAAAAGCUUAAAUACCUCUCCAAGGAUGAGGAGAUUUGCUUCUUCUGUGGGGAAAUCGGGCAUUCACUUGGAAAAUGCUCAGUGUAUAAAGCAGGUGGAGGAAGACUUGCUAGGUGCUUAUUUUGUGAUGCACAUGGGCACUUCAGUUAUAAUUGCCCUGGAAAUGGUCAUGAUCCAAAGUGGCCGGUAGAAGAUGAAAGGAAAAUCCAAUGCUGA